AUGUACUACAGUCGGCAUUUAUUUUUAUGUUCGUUGUCAGGAACUAUAGUUAAAGGAAUUAUCUUCAAAUUAUUUUUGGAUGAGUUUCCGAGAACUGAAGAUCGUGGGAAGGGAGAAGUUGCUUUUUAUGGCGAGACACAGUUCGCAGAUGGCAUUUGGGUUGGCAUUAUACUUAACGAACCCAGAGGACUGAAUAAUGGAACAGUCAAGGGGGUCGAAUAUUUCCGUUGUGAAAACAAACACGGAAUUUUUUUUCGGCCUGCUCAGGUAAAACCUGAAGGUAAAAGUCGUAUGCAGCCUCCAUCUAGUUUGCGUAUGCCUAGUGCGUCUUCUCGUACCGAUCUUGCAGCAAUAAAGAAAAAAAGCACCAGUGUAUGGCUUCUCUCUGUUAGAUAUGAAUAUGUGAUACGAAGUACUCCAAGUAUGACGCCGUCGUCAUCAACAGAAAAGUUGAAAAGUAUGGAAAGUGUGGCAAGUGUUGGUACAGGAACAAAUAAAACGCCUCCACAUGCCAAAGGAUCACAUCAUACUGAAGCGAAGGCAGGCACUGGAAAAGUGGAAUUAAGGAAUACUCCGUCGCGUCUUUCAAACAUUGCACGAGGUUCUUCGUCGGUGUCUGCGAAAAAUUCAUCGUUGGCAACGAUUAACAGUGCAGCCGGUUCAGUUGAUGAAGCAAAGGUUGAAAAGGACGAUGAUGAAAAUACUGUAGUUAGAGAAGGUGUGAAGGACAUGGUGAAGAAGAUGGAAGAGUCUUCUGCUUCUUCUCCAGCAUUUGUUCCACCUACACUUCCUCCAGACAUGGAUGCUAGUAACGAACUCGAAUGGUUGCGAAUUCAGCACAAAGAUUUAUCUGAGAAAUUGGAAACCCUUAGGCAGAAGAGGAGAGAAGAUCAUGUAAAACUUUUGGAGUUGGAAAGGUGUCGGAUUCAGGUUCAAGGGCUUGAGGAAUUUAAGGUGAAAAUGUGUGAGGCUCACAAGGAGCUACAAAAGAAGCUUCAGGAAAGGGAGCAGGAACUUAGAGAAUUAGGCAUGAAGAAAAGUGAUGACGAAGGGAUUGCAGAGAUUGAGGAACGAUUGGAGUUGGUGACACUAGACCGCGAAAUGGCGGAAGAAAAGGCGGAAAUAUUGCAAGCUGAGUUAGAAGCUCAGAAAGAAAAAGUUGCAGAACUAGAAAUUGAAUUGGAAAUAUUGAGGUCAGAAAUGGAACGCCAGGCUGACGUUACUGAAAACCAGAAUGCUGUCGUAAAAGCAAAACAACUGGAACAGCAGAACUCGAUGUUACGUGAGGCAGUUGUGAAGCUUCGCGAUGCAUUAGGACAGGCAAUUGCAGAUAAACAAGAAGUAACUAAAGAUAACGAAGCUUUGAGAGAAGAAAAUACAGCUUUUGUUGAUGCUGUAAUGGGAAGUGAAGAAAUGAUCGAAAAACUUACUGAUAAGAACCUCGGCAUGGAAGAAAAAAUACGUUCAUUGGAAGAAGCGAUUGAAGAUCUAGAAGCCUUGCGCGGUAUGGAUGAAGAGAUAAUUGAAACUCAGAAGGAGACGGAGAAAGACUUACGUUUAGAGUUGGAUGGAACACAGUGCGCAAUUGCUGAUUUGAAUCGCCAAAUAAAAGCAAACUUAGACCAGGCGGAAGAGCACGAUAAAGUUGUGCAAAAAUUUCGUCAAAAAAUUUCAGAAUUAAACCACAUGAAUCAAGAUUAUACUGAUCAAAUACUUCGUAUGAAGGAGCAGAUCCAAGAAAUGGAAGCUGGAGAAUCUGGUUCUGGAGCUCCUAUUGGUUUAAUUACGGCUAAUCGUGCAUUUGCUGAGGCAGUAGAGAAAGAAAUGAAGUUUGUGGAGCUGGAGAGUAUUCGUCAACGUGCAAACUACUUAGAAGCUUUCCUGCCUGAUAACUUCAGCAAGCCAGGAGGCGAUAACGAUGCUGUCAUCUUGAAUACGCUUUUUCCGAGGUUAUCGAAGAAGGCGUCUGCUUUAGUGAAAUUACUCGACUUAAAGUAUCCAACUGUUCCGGGAGGUUUGCGUCGUGAACAUGUUACAAAGUCUCACAAGGCUGAACAGUGGGCUCAUUCUGCCAAAUUUGUCUACUUUUUAAGUGCACUGACCGCUGUCGUGCACAAAUUUGGCAGUUCUAUUCAACGCUGUUCUGUGGAGCGUCUUUCGAGAUUAUCUCAAAUGCACGUUGAAAUGUCUUCACAGGAGAGAGCAAUUGAUCAGUAUAUAGAACUUCUGCGUAUGGAUAGACUGGAUGAAAACACAGCUACAGAAAACAUUCAGAAAACAAUUUCUUAUUUCCAGAAUGUCUUUUCUGUACAUAUGGCUAGUGAGUGGUAUGAUGGAAGGCUUUUGUUCAAUGACGUCUUAUCUCAACUGGAAGCUGGUUUGCAGUGGUUGAAAAUAAAUAUUCAGCGUGUCGGAUAUUUUCUUUUUCCAGAUCAAGAAGACAAUGAAAUAGCUCAGCUUGAAACUGCUUUGCUGGCCGCAGUUUCUGACUGUCAGCAGUUAUUGAUCAGGGUAAAAAAUCGGGUUCCAUCUGAAGGAGAAUUUGCCCUAACUCAAGAAGUUGAUGAUCAACUGACUUUUGCAACGUGUACUCUUGAGAAAGGAGCAACCAUACUAGACCGAUUCUGUUCUGUCGCUAGCACACAGUUGAGCAUGUUGCCAGGUAAGUCCAUUGCUCAUUUGUUUUUUUUCUUAGAUGUCGAAGGUUUGGAGGUGGAGCGUUUGAAAGAAAUGUUGUUGAGUGCAAUUGAGAAAACACAUGGGAAGGGUAAGGAAGCUGAAGGUGAUGAACUCGUCAAAAACGAUCUGUAUACCUUACGUUCAACAUUGGCUGAGAUUGCAAAUGCUGUGGAAAAAAUGACUUCGGACAUCAAGGAAUCAGAAGAAAAGCCGUUUCCUCCUCUGCUUGAGCGGGCACACGCUCGUAAACAGGAUGCUGUUGAGGCUGAAUCUUUGCGAUGGCAGGUUGAGAAGAAAGAAGUUGAAAUAACGGAACUUCGUAAAGCUAUACGUAGCAAGAAUGAGGAUCUGAGCAAUUUUAGGUUACGACUGGAGAUGGCACAGAGCAAAAUAGAAUCGUCAGAUAAAGCUGAUGAAGUUCGCCUUCAAGUGCUACAGUCGCGUUGCGAUGAGCUCGAGGUGGAAUUAAGGAAGAAACGAACAGAGUUUGACGAAACCGUGGAAGCACUUCAACGCGAUCUAACGGUUUUAGAGAAAGAAAAUGCGGACCUAAAAGAACGAAGUCGACACAUGUGUAAAAAGACGUUGCUUAUGAAUCUUAACAACUCGAUGGCUCAAAGCGCAGUUUCAUCUGUACCUACCACACCUCUUAGUUUGGGAGGAUCUAUCGCAUCACAUAUGGCAGAAAUUGAAUAUCUGGAAUCUGAGCUGGCUGAUAAGCAACAAUCGCGUUUAUUGGACCUGGAAAUGUCACGCUUAAAUCCUAUUGAACUUCCAAGAACUAUAUGCGGCCCACUUACAUUGCUUUCAGUAAAUCAAGACAAAACAAAAGAAACGCUUGACAAGUUAGCUAAGGAAGCAGAAAAUUUACUUCUGGAAGCCAGCAAAUUCCAAGUUCCUCAUGUUGAGGACUUUACAAAGCCUGGUAACAUACGUCAGGCUGAAGAAAGGAUGCGCUCAUUACGAGUUGCAGAAAUUAACCUGCGUAUAAAAGACCUAAGGUUACGUAUGCAAAAAUUCUUCGCUCAUACGUAUGCUGGAGAACAACCUCCUCAGUUCUUACGGGAAUUUUACGCCUCCCAAGGAGAAGCUCCAAAGGUAGUGGACGAGGCUGCUAAAGAAGGAACCAGAGGCAUUAAGUCAGAAAAGUUCAAAAGGGCUUAUAACAAUCUUUUUGGUAACUUAGAAGCCGAAAAACGUGCCUUUGAAGAGAGACAUCUGACGGCUGUUGCUGUACAGUAA